AGAUGCUCCUUCAAUCUCAACCAUGAGCUCGUUUUAUCUUUCUUCUUCUCCAAUUUUUAAACUUCAGUGGCACGCAAACCCUAAACCUAAACCUAGUCGUCCUAUUGUUUCUCUACCACUCUGUCGUCUUCAUGCCAACUGUUAUUCGUGGAGAUUAUCUUGUAACCUUGCUCAACAUGGUCUCGAGUUGGAGGAAACUGUUGAGGAGGAUGAAAUCCCUCAAGUUCUGGAAUUACCUACAGAGGAGGAGCCAAAUUUCGACAAGGAAACGAUUGCUUCUCCAUCGAAAAUGUUGAGGAAGAAAAAAGGAGAUGAAGAGAGCUUGGACGAUAGAUUCAAGCUCAGAAAUGGAAAGGAGAUUUUUGAAGAGAAGGCAUAUCUAGUGGGCGUGGAAAGAAAGGGUGAUGGAGAAUGUUUGUUUAAUAUAGAGGAGUCUCUUGAGGAACUAGAACAGCUUGCGGAUACUGCUGGGCUUGCGGUGGUUGGUUCUACAUAUCAAAAGCUAGCUUCGCCAAAUCCUAGAACAUACAUUGGUUCGGGAAAGGUUGCAGAGAUAAAAAGUGCAAUCAAUGCAUUGGACGUUGAGACCGUGAUAUUUGACGAUGAACUAUCACCAGGACAAUUGCGUAACCUGGAAAAGGCCUUUGGUGGGGAAGUUCGAGUUUGUGACCGCACUGCCCUUAUCUUGGACAUUUUCAACCAAAGGGCCGCAACUCAUGAAGCAGCCUUGCAGGCAAUGAUGACCAUUGUUGCUCUAGCACAAAUGGAAUACCAGUUACCACGAUUGACUAGAAUGUGGACUCACCUUGAGCGUCAAUCAGGUGGACAAGUUAAGGGCAUGGGAGAAAAACAAAUUGAAGUUGAUAAGCGAAUCUUGCGUACUCAAAUUGGAGUUCUCAAAAAGGAGUUGGAAUCUGUAAGAAAACAUCGAAAGCAGUAUAGAAGCCGGCGUGUUGCUAUACCUGUUCCUGUUGUAUCUUUGGUCGGUUACACAAAUGCUGGAAAGAGUACACUUUUGAACCAAUUGACCGGUGCUAAUGUUCUCGCUGAAAAUCGUUUGUUUGCGACUCUUGAUCCAACUACGAGAAGGGUUCAGAUGCAAAACGGGAAGGAAUUUCUUCUCACAGAUACUGUUGGUUUUAUCCAAAAGUUGCCAACCACCCUGGUUGCUGCUUUCAGAGCAACACUUGAAGAAAUAGCAGAGUCAAGCCUUUUGGUGCAUGUUGUUGACAUCAGCCACCCACUGGCAGAGCAACAAAUAGAAGCUGUGGAAAAGGUUAUGUCAGAACUCGACGUUUCAUCAAUUCCAAAGUUGGUCGUGUGGAAUAAGGUUGAUAGAGUGGAUGAUCCUCAAAAGGUCAAGCUGGAAGCAGAGAAGAGUGGGGAUACAAUUUGUAUAUCUGCUCUGACUGGAGAAGGACUAGAUGACUUCUGCAAUGCUGUUCAUGAGAAGCUCAAGGAUUCAAUGGUUUGGGUUGAAGCCCUUUUGCCUUUUGAUAAGGGGGACCUUCUAAGCACCAUACACAAGGUUGGAAUGGUGAAAGAAACAGAAUAUACAGAGAAUGGGACGCUUAUCAGGGCUCAUGUUCCACUUCGUUUUGCACAGCUGCUUAAACCUAUGAGACACUUGGUCAAAGAUACUUCCAUAAGCCAAAAAGGGUGAACCAGAAUCAUAGCAAGAACCUGAAGGCCUGCCUUUUGAUCAGAAUCGGAGGCUACGUGUGUUCGGCCAAAGCAUCCGAAAGCAAAAGGAGUUGAAACAACCUCCUGAACAUAUACACCACAAAGAAUGACAGUAAGGAAUAUUCGUAGGU